CGGUUCACAAAACACCACAGGAAACAAAUCCCGCCCUAUUACAGAGUACUGUCUUUUUAAUUGAAGGGAUCUUAACUACUCUGUACACUCACUUAUAUCAGCCAUGUUCAGACCGCUUAGAUUCCAGGCUCGAACCCUGCUCCGAGCUACUUGCAGAUACAAUUCCACUGCGCCUACUUCACCACCUCUACUCGCAAAGCUGAGAGCAGAUUUGAAGACGGCUAUGAAGGCUAGAGAUACUGUUAGGCUUGAUGUGCUGCGUGCCGUGAUCUCAGAGAUCAACAAUGCUGCCAAAACAUCCUCGCCGAUCCAGACUGACCUCCAACUCCUCGCAUUGAUCCGCAAGCGCUCGUCUUCUCUUGAAUCCUCCAGCCAGGAGUAUGUGAACGCUGGCCGGCACGACUUGAAAGAGAGAAACGACACAGAAAUCGGUGUACUUAACGAAUACGCCGGACAAGUACAGACUACGACCAUAGAAGAGAUAGAAUCUGCAGUCACUCAAACGAUCGAGAAUCUCCGGAGUGAGGGAAAGAAGGUCGAUAUCGGGGCUAUUAUGAAGGCCGCUUUUGCGCCAGGUGGACCGUUGAACGGAAAGCCAGCUGAGAAAGGAGUGGUAUCCAAAAUCGCCGCCCAAUCGAUUUCAACGGCAUAAAUAACUAGAAUAAAAAGUGCCCGGAUUAGCGCGAUUUAUUGUUGGAGAUUCCGGGCCGGUGAAUGAUUUUGCGCGUUGCCUGAAGUAUCGAAGGCAUGGAGCACGGAGCAACACCAAUCGACAUGGAGCCCGUGAAUAGCACAAUUGACAGAUCGCGCUCAGGCGUCUGUUAUGUACUAUAUGCACACUGUAAAUUUAACGAAGACACAUCUCCUAAAAACCGUCGACUCCGUUCGAAUAAGCCUCCCGGACGAGGUACGAAAUCAUGUUCCUUAUUUUGCCACAGGGAAACACAAUAUGAUAAAGGUAAACACAAGGAGCACAUCAAUCAGAUAUUCGAUUCCUUAAUUGUCUCGAAGCACCAAACAAUCGAAAAAUAGAAGGAUAUAUUCCAGCAAGAUUGGCUUCGCAAAACACCGCAGGACAUCAGACAGUCCACCCAAGCCAAAUUUCCUUCCGGAUAUCAUGCCAUAACUCCUUCCGCUUCCCUAAACGCCCAUCUAUACCAAGAUGCAGGCCCAAGUAUCGAGAAAUCCAGGAUGAUGUCGUUUACCAAUCUUUCCAUGGGCUUUCGGAGUAAAGAAACGCGACGCCUCCAACGAGGGUCAUCAUAACACCAGCCCACCACCAUUUAUCGGGGUCUGUGAGUCCGCCCACUUGCGUAGAAGGACGCUUAUUGCGUGAACUGGCCAUCCCGCUUCCAUAUGGCAGGCCCCGCUUAGCCUUACUUCUACCGGUAGCACUAGCUUGAGCUGUUGGGUUCAGGGUUUCGGUUGGAAGCAUUUG